AUGCCGCUUAAUUCCAAGGCUGUUUACGCGAAAGCAGCUGCUGAUUACAUGCCCUUUGCUAGCCGCAGGAGUACUGUGCAUAGCAAGAAGGGUAUUGUAUCAUGCACGCAGCCACUAGCUGCUGCAGCCGGACACAAGAUUCUGAGUCAAGGUGGAAAUGCAGCUGAUGCAGCUGUUGCUGUGGCCGCCGCCAUGAACAUGACUGAGCCUUGCUCAACCGGUAUCGGUGGAGACAUGUUCUGUCUCUUCUACAACGCUAAGACGAAGAAGGUCCACGCCCUGAAUGGAUCUGGUCGAUACCCCGGCAAAGGUACACUGGAGAAAGUACGGAAGGAUCUGAACUUGGCUCCUGGGGACGCGGGAAGUAUUCCCAUGCUGAAUGCCUUGGCUACGACGGUUCCUGGUGCAGCUGCUGGAUGGGUGGAUACCAUUGAGAAGUUUGGCAGUGGGAAGCUCUCUCUGGAACAGAUUCUGGAGCCAGCGAUUGAGCUGGGAGAGGAGGGUUUCGUGGUUUCGGAGCUUUCAUCGCACGGCUGGCACUCAUCCGAGAACGAGAUCCGUGAAGCGUCACCAAACUUCCGCGAGAUGUUGAAGAAGGAUUCCUCCGCUAAGGAUGGUGUGCGUGCACCUCUCCCUGGUGAUAUAAUGAAGAACCCUACUCUCGCCCGAACCUUCCGCACACUCGCAGCGGAAGGAAAGAAAGGUUUCUACGAAGGUCGUAUCGCCGAGGAAAUCGUAAAGGUAGCUCAGAGUCUCGGAAGUUAUAUUGAUCUCGAGGACCUCGCGAACCAUGCUGCAGCCGGUACACAGGAAGUAGAUGCCAUUUCGCUCAAAUUCACCGGUCAAGACAUUGCAUCCAAGCAAGCCGCAGGGACAGACGGCGAGCCCAACCAGGGCGUUGAGGUGUGGGAACACCCACCUAACGGCCAGGGUAUUGUUGCGCUGAUGGCUCUGGGAAUAAUGGAGGAGCUAGAGCGAGCAGGCAAGAUCCCCAAGUUCACAGAGUCCCAGCAUAACUCCGCUGAAUAUCUCCACGCCGUGAUUGAGAGCUUGCGAAUUGCGUUUGCCGACGCCGCAUGGUGGGUAACUGAUCCCGAUGUGGAAAAGGUGCCCUCGCAAGGCCUUCUGAAUCGCGAGUAUCUAGCCGAACGGGCUAAGUUGUUCUCGUCAGAUCAUGUUGCCGAGCUGCUGGAUCAUGGUAGUCCAGCUCAUAACCAUUGCGAUACUGUUUAUUUCGCUGUAACAGAUAAAGAGGGUAAUGGUAUUUCCUUCAUCAACAGUAACUAUGCUGGAUUCGGUACAGCCAUAAUUCCUGCUGGUUGUGGUUUCACUUUGCAGAACCGCGGUGCCAACUUCUCCCUCCAGCCUGGCCACCCGAAUGCUCUGGCACCUAACAAGCGUCCAUACCACACCAUUAUCCCUGCCUUGAUCACCAAUAUCGCCGAUGGAUCCUUGAACUCCGUGUAUGGUGUGAUGGGUGGGUUUAUGCAACCGCAGGGCCAUGUCCAAGUGUUGCUGAACAUGCUUGCAUUCGGAUACCAUCCCCAAGCAGCCUUGGAUUCUCCGCGUAUCUGCAUUAAGGCGCCAACUUCGGAAGACCAUGAUCGCACAGUGUGUGUCGAAGAGGGUAUUAGCGAGGAGGCGAUUGAGGGACUGCGUCGUUUGGGUCAUAAGAUCGAAGUACUCAAGGGCUGGGAAAGAUCGAUGUUUGGUCGUGGUCAGGUCAUUCGCUUGCACUAUGACGAGGAGCAGCUUGUGUAUAGCGCAGGAAGUGAUCCUCGCGGCGAUGGUAUGGCGUUUCCGUUGCUGUAA